AUGACUAUGAUGAGUCCUCAGCAGAUGCAGCAGCUUCUGUCCCCGGGUCAACUCCAGGCUCUGCUCCAGCAAUGGCAGCACGCUAUCCCGCUCCAGCAGCUCUCUAGGCAGCAGCUAGUGUUCCAGCAGAUCCUCCAGCAGGAGCUGUUCAAAGUGCAAAGACCAGACCUGGCCUCCCACACCUUGUUUCCAGCUGGCUUGAGUACUAUUGAGCUCCAGCAGAUAUGGAAGGAGCUAACCAACAGCACAAUGGAAGAUAAAAGCACAAAGGAUAGCUGUCCAGACCGUAUCAUCACUCUGUCCCCUACUGAACCCGUAACCACAGCCAAAGCAUCAAUGUCAAACACCCACAACUUCCCUACCAAUGGCCAAUCUCUUAGUUCCAGCCCAAGAGAAGGGUCCCGGAAAAUCUCCUCUACAAAGGCCUGGAAGACUGAUGGAGCAUUCAUCAACCCGUACGGCAUGAUGAGCUUGCUGGAUGUGGAUCAAACAAUCACACACUCACUCUAUGGAUAUGGUGUGUGUAUUUGGCCGGGCUGUGAGACUGUUUGUGAAAACGUCAGCCAGUUUAUCAAGCACCUAAGUAUUGAGCACAUGCUGGAUGAAAGGAGCACAGCCCAGUGCAGAGUCCAGAUGCAGGUGGUGCAGCAGUUAGACCUCCAGCUCUCUAAAGAACAGGAGCGUCUCCAAGCUAUGAUGGCCCACUUACAACUGGCCACUUUGCAACCACAGUCCCCUUCCAAACCUCUGAGUUCUGGGUCCGGUGUCACCAUGUCCAAGAGCCUGCCACCACUGUCCCCUCAGAUGCCCCCAUUGGCCCCUGUCGCCUCCCCAUCCUCACCCCGGGGGCCUGCAGGACUCUGCCCCACAAGUGUGGGGGCAAUGCGAAGACACCACUCAGACAAGCACCCCUCUCUCUGCUCUCUGUCUUCAGAAUUGAACCCAAAUCAAGAGAUGUACAGCAAUGCAGAUAUCAGGCCACCUUUUACCUAUGCUACUAUGAUAAGACAGGCUAUAAUGGAUGCAUCGGACAUGCAGUUAACACUUAAUGAGAUAUACAGCUGGUUUACACAGACCUUUGCCUACUUCAGACGCAAUGCUGCAACGUGGAAGAAUGCAAUCCGCCACAACCUGAGCCUGCACAAGUGUUUUGUGCGUGUAGAGAACGUGAAGGGGGCUGUGUGGACAGUGGACGAGAUGGAGUACCAGAGAAGGAGGUCUCAGAAGAUCACAAGAAGCCCAACGCUAGGGAAGAACCUUCUCUCCAGCCUUGCUUAUUGGACUGCUCUUAAUACCAGUUUACAAGAGCAGAAGUCAGUCUCCUUCAUGACCAGUCUCUGUGACGAGAGGGACCUGGAGCUGAUCUAUGCUGCCAUGACAGCAGGUGUUCGCAAACACCUCAGAAGGGACAAAAGCUGA